GCAGCCACUCCGCCGGCUGCGCCCCCCCUUUUAUUUUUUCUCCUCCUUCUCUUCAGAGCCGAUUAACCCCUCCGUUGCCUCGCCCUCCAGGCCGCGACGUCCCUCCGGCGCCCACUCCUGAGGUUCUCUAAUGAUCUUCCUUCACCAUGACAACCAAUAUGGAGGUGCUGGCUCAGCAGAUAGUGGAGACACAGCAGGUGGCUGAGGUGCAAACUUUACAGACAACAUUAUCUGAAUCUCCAGUGAUGACCAGCCCUUCUCAACGCAUCCAAAUUAUUUCCACAGAUUCCUCAGUAACUUCACCACAGCGCAUUCAGAUUGUCACAGAUCAACAAACAGGGCAAAAAAUCCAAAUAGUGACGGCAGUGGACUCCUCAGUAUCCCCAAAGCAACAAUUUAUAUUAACUAGCCCAGAUGGAACAGGAACAGGGAAAGUGAUAUUGGCAUCACCUGAGGCCUCUAAUACCAAGCAACUUAUCUUUACCACCACAGAUAACAUUGUGCCAGGCAGAAUACAGAUUGUGACUGAUUCGGCCUCUGUUGAACGUUUGUUAGCUAAAACUGAUGUCCAGCGACCUCAGGUUGUAGAAUAUUGUGUUGUGUGUGGAGACAAAGCAUCAGGUCGUCACUAUGGUGCUGUCAGUUGUGAGGGAUGCAAAGGCUUCUUUAAAAGGAGUGUGAGGAAAAAUCUGACCUAUAGUUGCCGUAGCAACCAAGACUGUAUCAUCAAUAAACACCAUCGAAAUCGCUGCCAGUUUUGUCGGCUAAAAAAAUGUCUCGAGAUGGGAAUGAAAAUGGAAUCUGUACAGAGUGAAAGGAAGCCUUUUGAUGUGCAACGUGAAAAACCAACCAACUGUGCUGCUUCAACUGAGAAAAUUUAUAUCAGAAAGGACUUAAGAAGUCCUCUAAUAGCAACUCCAACUUUUGUAGCUGAGAAAGAUGGAGCUAGAUCAACAGGGCUUCUUGAUUCAGGGAUGCUUGUCAAUAUUCAGCAGCCACUAAUACGGGAGGACGGUACAGUACUGCUGGCUACAGAUUCUAAGGCUGAGACAAGCCAAGGUGCCUUGGGGACACUAGCAAAUGUUGUAACUUCACUUGCCAGCAUCAGUGAGUCACUUAAUAAUGGAGACACUUCAGAAAUCCAGCAAGAAGACCAAUCUGCAAGUGAGAUCACUCGGGCAUUUGAUACCUUGGCUAAAGCGCUUAACACUGAUGGUGCAGCAGCUCAGAAUGCAGCAGAUGGGAUGGAUCCUACAGGUGGCGGGAAUAUUCAUGUAAUCAGUAGGGAUCAGUCUACACCAAUAAUUGAAGUUGAAGGGCCCCUCCUUACAGACACUCAUGUGACAUUUAAGUUAACUAUGCCUAGCCCGAUGCCAGAGUAUCUGAAUGUUCAUUACAUUUGUGAGUCAGCAUCCCGGUUGCUUUUUCUUUCUAUGCAUUGGGCAAGAUCUAUUCCAGCCUUUCAAGCACUAGGGCAGGACUGUAAUACAAGUCUUGUGCGUGCCUGCUGGAAUGAACUGUUCACUUUAGGCCUUGCACAAUGUGCACAGGUGAUGAGCUUGUCCACUAUCCUGGCCGCUAUUGUCAACCAUCUGCAAAAUAGUAUACAAGAAGAUAAACUUUCUGGAGAACGAAUAAAACAAGUGAUGGAGCACAUCUGGAAACUUCAGGAGUUCUGUAACAGCAUGGCCAAACUUGAUAUUGAUGGAUAUGAAUAUGCUUACCUUAAAGCUAUAGUCCUUUUUAGUCCUGAUCACCCUGGUCUAACAAAUUCCAGCCAAAGAAAAUUCCAGGAGAAAGCUCAAAUGGAAUUACAAGAUUAUGUUCAAAAAACCUAUACAGAAGACACCUACAGGUUAGCGCGGAUUCUUGUUCGCCUGCCAGCACUUAGACUGAUGAGUUCUAGCAUUACAGAAGAACUGUUUUUUACUGGGCUCAUUGGAAAUGUUCCAAUUGACAGCAUCAUCCCUUACAUCCUGAAAAUGGAGACAGCAGAGUAUAAUGGCCAAAUCACAGGAUCUUCUUCCUAGAAGGGAUCAGCAAAUCAAGAUAACUCUGAGUUACCAUAAUUCACUGUUAAUGUAUACAGAUAUUUCCAAUAUGUUUCAUUGUCUUAUUAACAUUAUUUGUCUAUAUUCAGAAACAACAAUAAGAAGGACUUCUGUAAAAAUCUUUUCUAGGAUUCAUUUCUGUCAGAAGAAAUAUUUUAAUUCCUUUGUCUGCAAAGACUACAGUGCAUUGCUGUAAUUUCAGUGCACCCUUGCCUUACACGGGGAUCCGUUGCAGACCCCUCCACAUAAGGCAAAUAGCGUGUAUGCUCGAGCCCCGUUGAAAAUAAUGGGGCUCGUGCAUGACACGUGGCGUGUGCACCACAGGUGCACACACCAUUUAACUUCCGUUGUGUAGCUUUCAGCAGAAGCUGAAAGCCGCGUAAAAGGCGGAUGCGUAUGACACAGGUGCACUGUGAAAUCUUUUUAUUUAGAUAUCACCAAUGGGCAAAAAUAGGUUCUAUGACACCAGAAUACUAAUUAAGUAGUAUUAAACUAGGAACCCUAAUUUCAUCCUGAAGAGCUGCAAGUGUAACUCUCUCCACGUAGUCGUUUUCCUUAUUCCUCCUGCAGCCCCUCGCAGUCCACCUCCUAUCAAAAACCAGUUCUAAGACUUCCAGAUUAGUGUCCAAUUUAGCAUGAUGGGUUCUAGUUGGCAGAGAAGAGUUUGCAAUAUCUAUAUAUUGCACUGUGCUGAAAAGACUCUUAGACACUGUAUUUAUAAGUAUUUGAAAAUCUUUGAAAUAAUAAUGAAAUUACUGGGAUAUAGUGAUUACCUGCACUUUCAAAAUAUUUCUUGUUAAAUUUAUGUCAUUGACAUUUGUGCAAGCAGUGCCCUGUUUGUAUAAACAGGGUAAAUGAAUAAUAGCAUUUAAACUACAGAGCUAUACUAGUGAUUAGAACAAACACAUAAAGAGAUGUGGAAGACAAUCAUUUAUUCUAUGAAAUUUAUAUUAUAUGUGUUUAUUAGUAAUGUAAUCCUUUCAAGGAUAUUUCUAUACUAUUUUUAAAUUAGCUAAGUUAAUGUAAGCAUUUACAUCGUACGUAUGUAAAACUAUUUAUGACAGCUGUCAGAAAAAUAGAUCCUGUACAAGUUAAUUCACAUUGGUAAACAGCAUACUAACAUCUUGCCUUUUAAAUGACAAACAAUUUUUAAAGGUUUAGUACUAACCUGUACUAGCAAACUGUUUUUGGUAUUUUUUGCUUUUUGUUUGUCUUUUGUUUAAUUUUUAUUUUUUUACUAUGGGCGAAUUUGCCAGUUUUAGUAAUAGCUAUGUGCUCAUUCAAAGGUCUUCCUUCUAUCUGAGGCUUGAGAAGGCUGAUUUUAGCAUAUGACCUAAUCCUACAUUGCAGUAGUUGCUGCAGAAAGCAAGGCCCAGUCUUUUUCUAAAGGGUCUGAAACAUUGUCAUAAGCUACAGCCCACUGUGUUAUGGUCUGAACCACUUCAACACUAUGCAGAUAUGAUGAUUGGGAAGAGGCAACAAUUCAAUUUGUAUGAUGUUAAUUUUUCCCAAAUUAUAUGUGUUUUAGAAGACAUGGUCUGUUCUACAGUUUCCAACGUGUAGUUAAAUAUGAAAUUAACUGUCAUAAAAUGUAGCAAUGGUCAUCAAUUUGGACAGGUUUAAAAGAGGAUUAAACAAAUUCACUAAGGAUUAUCAGUGGCUACUAGUUAUGUUCUGUAUUUAUUAACUUCCAGAAUUACAAACAGUAUGCCUCUGAAAUCCAGUUGCUGGGAAUAGAAGUGGGAGGGAGCCAUUGCAUACCUGUCUUGGUUGUGGGCUUCCUGUUGCCAUCUGUGUGGCCAUACUCAGACUGCUCUGUUGGUCUGAUCCAACAUGGCUUUUCUUAAAAGAAAAUAUAUAUAAAUAAUAGUGGCAAAAUAGACUUUUCAGUUAUUUUCAUACAUUCCAGACCAUAAGAGAUUUUAUUUUUACACCAUUAUAGGAAAGUACCAGGAAUUAAGUUACCAUAAAAGAAGCUUAUAAGAAACUAAUUGUAAUUGGGCUAAUGAGAAAUAUGCCUUGCGUCUUAACAUUUCAUCAUAUAAUUUGGGUUGAAUAUUUUGGCUUGUUCUCUGAUUUUUAAUGUGAAUAUUAUGUCUUUUCUUUGUUUCAAAUCAAACUCACAGAAAUUAAUUUUAUACAAAAGUAAUUACAGUACUUUUUCAAACUGGCCUUUGCUUGAAAAUGUAUUCCAACAAGUCAUUAUUUAAGCACUCAGGUGGUAUCAGAGGCCUUUUCAGCAACUCCAAAUACAAAUUUUGGUAUCUUUAUCUCCAUCACUAGUGCCACAGAUCAGUUGAACAACACUACUGUAAAGUGCUAUUACAGUCCUGUGUAUAUCUAUUCAGAAGUAAGUCCUGAGUUCAAUGGAGUUUCCUCCCCAGUAAAUAUGUAUAGAAUUGGAGCUAUAUGAUGAUUCAUUCUAUAAAUUCUUAGGGUCAGUUGACAUCUAUUACAUUUCCUGUCUUUACUUUCAAAGUACAGUUUAGUUCAUAACAUUAAAAAUGAAGAACUGUGUUGUAAAAUGAUUUAUCAUUUAGGUCCUACUUUAAGCAUUAAAUCAUUUGUUCACAACUAGUCAGGAAGUGACUGUGUAUGGCUGCAUCCUGAAAUAAAGGGAAAUGGAUAUCAAAGUCAUAAUUAAAAUAAUUUUAUUUUGUAUUAAUUAUUAAUGGCAAAAAAUAACUGAGUUUUAUUACAGUUGUAAAAUAAAAGUGUGAGUUGGGAAUAUAAUGGAGCCUACACUACUGUUAUGAGAAUUCAUUCUUAUAAAACCUAACAACUAGGUGUAGCCCAGAUUAUAAAAAGGUUGUAGCUAUUGGUUAUAAGAGAAAAUAUUAAAAUACUUAAAUACUUUCUGUGAUCUAUUAUUUACAGUUUUCCCCUCCCAAAAGGCAAAUGCUCUUUAUAUUAUGCUGUUCUGUGAAUCUGUUUCAUAAUCUGGGAUUUGUUUUGAAUUCUACCAUGACCGAAGGAUUGGUAGUACAGGUAUCACAUUUCAGUAAUAAUAUCAGAUACUUUUAAAAAAUUAAAAUGAGUAAUUAUGUAUGAUUUUUCUUUUAAACAUGUGAUUUGAUUAAUACCGAAAAAUAAAAUAGCAAAAUUUUGACACCACAGAUAAGUCCAUAACUUUGUUUCAGGGGAAGGCUAUUUAAUUCCUUGUGUUACAGAGAAACAUAACUUGAUCCUUAAAACAUUUAAUGAUUUUGCUAACUUUGGUGAAACCAUGUAAACUUAGAUGAGGAACGGCCAGCUGUGGAACACAAGUGGGUCACAUUAGCUUGGAAGGCAGCACCCACUACCAGGCCUGCUUUGGCAAACUAACUAAAUAAAUGCUUCCCCCUCCCCAAAUGUCCUCUAGGGAACAAAGGGUAUCAUUUGGGACUUUCCUGCUCCCCUUGAGGGCAUUUUGGGACAUUUUGAGGCAAAUAAAAUAUGAAAAAGUUCACACAAUUUUAUGUAGACCCCAGAUGGUGUGGGGUCUCCAAUCAUUGUGGAAAUGCCUAAAUAUGAUGGUGUCUUUCCAACAAUAUCGACCUUUUUUUGAGUUUCAUAGUUGAAACUUGGCAAAUGAAGUAUGAAGUGAGUGGCCCUUACUGAAAAGCUGUGAGUAGUAUCUUUGUGGAGCCCUGGAGCUCCCUCUGCCCACUUUAGAUUUUAAACAAUAGUGUUGCAUGGAUGUGCAGCAAGAAGAAGUGUAAAAACCACCUUAUUAUUUGCACAUCUUGUUGGAAUACUUUUUCUGCACACUGAUCAGAAAAUGGUGCAAGCAUUGGCUCUUUUUAUGUGCUCCCAAGCAAUUGCAUGCCUGGCCGAGUUUGGCUUUCUUUUUUCAAAGAAUAGCAGCUACUGGCACCACAGUGCAAGAACUGUUAUUAAUAAGCAGCUUAUGAUUCUGCAUGUGGCAGCUGCUAUUUAGAAAAAAAACCAUCAAAAGGUCUCCCUCUGAUUUGGAACCAGUGCAUUUUGAAAUGGUAUGAAAUGGAGGAAACAGACUUCUAUUGGUCUACUCCUAUUGGGUUCCAUUUACCAUCAAACGUGGGAGUUUUACCUUCCUCUUCUUCCCCCUGCAUGCUCUCCAGAUAAUUUUUGGAAGAGCCCCCAAUCCUUCCAAUUUAGGCAGAAUUGGGAGACUCAUGAGGAUCUGCUUUGUGGAGAAUGUAUGAGUUCCAUCAGAGUGGGCACCAUUAGCUGCCGCCUUGUGUGUAAUUAUCAUUGAAACCAUGAUGUGCCAGAGUUUGUCUGAGGGAAUUAUUGGAAAUUUCAGGAUUAGUAUUUAAAACCUGCUGAAGGUAAUGAAUGCUUCAUUAAUUCAUUUAAAAAGUGUUAAUGUUAAUCUAAGCAUUAUCAUGCUUAUUUUGCUGAAGUUGAAAAUUCCUAUUAUCUAAGGCUAUUUAUUAAGCACACUUACUUGGAAGCAGUUCUCUAAAAGUAGAACAUAAAGAAUAUAUGUAUAGGCUGAAUUUGUUGUUGUGUGCCUCCAAGCCAUUUUUGACUUGUGGCAGCAAUAUGACAAACCUAUCAUAGGGUUUUUUUUAGCAAAUUUCUUCAGAGAAGUUUUAGCCAUUUGCCAUUCUCUGAGGUUGAGAGAGUGUGACUUGCCCAAGGUCAUCCCGUAGGUUUUUAUACUCACACAAGGGUUUGAACCAUGGUUUCCACACUCAUCCAGUGCUCAAAGCACCAAACCAGCAUAAAAACAUAAUUCACUAUAUAGUCUCUCUCUUGAUCAAUUUUAAUUGUGAUCACUAGUGAAUGUGUAUUUAUGUAAUUACAUGAAGCCUCAAUCACAGGACCAUUUGUAUAGCAACUGACAAGGAAUGACAUAUGAUCCCCCCCCCCAGUUUAGCAUGCUCUGAGAAUAAUAAAAGGGUUCUGAAUCUAGUUUGUUAAUUCAAACUUUUUAGAGUCUACAGGUAUUUUAUUUCUUCAAAACCAAUUCAUAAUAUGGUCAUGAUAGGACAGUUUCAUUGGGGAAAAAAUAAGCAUUUCAUAAUGCUUGCCCAGACUCUCAAGCAUAGUAAAAUAGUGCUUUAGAUCCUGGGCAUAGUCACUUGUGUAUAUAUGAUGUUUAUGUGCUAGUAUCUAACUUUGUCUAGUCGAAUUAUGUACAGUGUAAUAUAAAGUAUGUAUGUAUGUAUAUAGAAAUAUGUACAGUCAUAAAUAUCAAAUUUCUAUAUGUUGAAAAUACUAUAAUUGCAUUGCAAAUCUUGAGCUUCCUACAUUUUAUUUCUUGCUCAAAGCUCAGCUCUGAUAUAAUCAUAUGCAUUCCCACUUUCCUCAGUAGAGUGGACACCUGUUUUUAAACCCAGGAUGUAUUUGCACUUUGUCUUAAAUUCAGAGAGAAACUAUUUAAUAGUUCUACAUUUUAUUUCUAAAUACACCCAAGGCCUAUUGAAAUGAAUGGACAUUGUGCAGUAAUGGUGUUUAGUGAAUUGCACCUGUGGACCAUAAACAUUUCUAUAUACUCCCAGCACAUGUAAAAGGUGCUUUUUCUAAUGUUCUGGGAGAUGUUAUUUUAUACAAUCUUAUUUUUGGCGCAUGAAACUUGAUCCCCGUAUUUCUAAUGUCUGUAUCUCCCUUGAAGUUGCUAAUUAGAAUGAGAAAGGCUGUCACAGAACAGACUAUGUAGUUUUAUAGUGAGACUCUCUUGUUAUUAAUGAAUAUAAGACAAUAAGAAGUAGGCAGUGUCAUAAAUAUUCUUAUGAGCUAAGUCCUAUAUGAUCCUGUUAUCCUGUCUAGCAGAUAAUAAAUGACUUUUUAGAAUACUUACUGCUAAAAGGUUUUGUUCUUGUUAAAAUAUUAUCAGUUUUGAGUGGACAGUUUUUAAAAUACAGAGCAUAUUAGUGACAAAGAGAAAUUUCUUCAUACAAUCAGUGAACUCUUAAGGUGAAAUCCUAUACUAGGGAUGGGCAACUGGUUGGAUUGCACUUCCAAGCAUCCUCUUUUCACUGUACUGGCUAAGGCAGCUAGAUGUUGCUCUCCAACAGCAUCUAGGGAGGUGCUAGUUGCCCAUCCCUCUGCUAAAAUAAGUAACUUAUGAAGACAGACAAUAUUCUUUAUGCUUCUCCCUUCUGUAUUGUUUACUUUAGUUUGCCUGCUAUAUACAGUAUAUAUAAUGGAAUUCAAAAUAUUAAUCAACAUAUUGAGGCAGACAUUUUAACCAUUUCUUCUUAAUGAAGGAAUGCCAUACUAAUUAGUUUUCUUCAGUUAACCUUUUGGCAAGUAAAUGAAGAUCAAGAUCCUUCCCAGGUGCAGUGUCCAUGCACAAAAUAAUUCCCAUAGGCUUCAACAACCCUGUUUCUCCCUCUAUAUAUUAGCUCCACAGAUGCAUAUGCACAGGCAGCAUGCCAGAGCUUACAAAGUAUGCAAAGUCUGUGUGUGGCUUCCAGUGUUCAAGGAGCUUGAACAACAUGGAAAGAGAGAUACACAAAUUUCUCGUUUCCCACAAAGUUUUGACAUUUUCCCCACAUCCUUCCAUGUGUGCUAAGAGGGUAGGGGAGGAACUAUUGAGUCUUGGGAGAAUCAGGCUACAUUGUGUAGGCUUUACACCUGCAGUAGUGCCCAAACUCCAGUUUUUAGAAAAUGAAGGUUUCUAUUUCUCUUUGCCCACUCUACUGUGAUACUGCCUAGGUAUCCACUUUAAAUUGUAUACUUUUUGUUAGAAGCAGCCCAAGCUUUUAAAAUGCUGGAUGUAUACUUAAACAUUUUCUAAGGUUAGCAUUGGUGAAAUAACCAGUGCUGCCAAUUAAAAUCUGGAGCCUGGAAUCUCCAUGAUCUUGCACAUCAGGUUUGGAGUUCUUGUUAGAGGGUACAUAAAGAAUGUAAAGAUUUGGGGCAUACUCCUUAGAAAUGCCCUGUUUAAAUAUUUGGGAACUGGUUGCAUAUACAGUAUCCAUUUCAUGACAUUAUGCUUAAAAUAUACACAUAUUUUUUGUUUCAACUGUUGAUGUUAUAAAGCAUUUUUAUAAGAAAACUCAAUUGCAAAGCUAUCAUAAAUGUUCUCAUUCAUUUGCAGUGCGAUCCUGUAUAUGCUUCCUCAGAAGUAAGCCUGGUUAAAUUUAAUAGCACUUAUUUCUAAUAUAAGUUUGUAUAUACGAUUGCAACAUUAGUGUCAGUACUCAUUGCUUGUUUUUAUAUUUAAAAACGAAUGUAAAAGUUAUCAUUAAAGGAUUUUCCAGUUUUGAUAGUUCUUGAAACAGUUAAGAAAAAAUUACUGUUUAAAAAGCAUUUCUGUUUUAAAUGUACUGAAAGGUAUCAUUCAAUCACGUUCUAAACUGAAUAUCCAACGUUGGAGUUGAAACACAGAUCUUUCUAACCAGCAUAAAAUCCCCUUCCCUUCCCCAUUCUGAAGGUACUAAACUGAUAUCUGGUUCUGGUUCAGUUACUAAUUUAAGCUGUUUUAAUUGAAAGAUACUUUCAACAUCCAUGAAACUCAUAUGCUGCCAUAUGUAAAACCAACCACUGAUUCUAAACAUAAUGUAAAGCCAUUGCUCCUAACAAUUUUAUAACUAAAAAAUCCUGUUCAUGUUAUCCCACUCUCUCAUGUUGUAUGUAUUUGGAAACCUCAGGCUCUAAGCUCCUUUUAAAACUAACCUAUUUUCCACAAGAGGAAUUGUCUGUGAUAAUUCCAUGGGGUAUAUUUUGUAACUUUGUGCUUUUCAUUGUUUACUACAAUGUUGUCUAUGUAUUUCUUUUUAUUUUUAGGUUCAAAACUUGAAAAUGCUGUUGCUCCUUCACAAUUUGUGAAAUCAUCUUUGUAAAUGUGAUGGCAUUUAAAAUAGCAUGUUCUUUUUUUAAUCCGAAUUUUAUAUCUAAUCUGUGUCUUCAGUCAUGAAGAGAAAUUGCAUUGUUGUGUGUGUAUAUAGAGUAUUGCAGUGCAUGCUUAUGCAUUUCAUUAAAUGCUGUGUAAAUGUGGCAUUAUAUUGUUGUGGCUUAAUAUUGCUACCUACAGGAGGUUUAUACUAUUAAAAUAAAUAAAGACUCUUA